AUGAGUACUCCUUCCUCUUCAUCUGGGGCCGUCGAAAAGCCGCAGCCGCCCGAGUCAGAGAAAAUCGUCAACCCGGGGAGCACGGUUGUCGCCCUCAGCAAUGAAAACGACCAGCCAAGCCUGGACGGGCUGGGUUCAGACGACAGCCAAAGUCCCCAGAAUUGGAGUCCGUGGAAGAAGCGACUGUUGUUCCUCGCAUUGAUGUCGAGUUCAAUACUGGCCGAUGGAGGUAUGACCUAUGGCGCAACUCUUGUGGCUCCUCAGGCCUUUGAAUGGCACACCUCCAUAUCACACUCGGCCACUUCUCUCAAUUACGGUAUCCUGCUCCAGGGUUUCGGUGGCAUCAUUGCUGUGCCUUUCAUUGAUGCAUAUGGACGGCAAGUCUUUUGCGGACUGAGCAUUGCGCCAUUCACUCUCUUUGUCGUCCUCGGCUGCGUCUAUGCAGAAUCAUGGUCCGUUUUCACGGCAUUACGCUCCCUUCAAGGUCUUUUCGGAACAGUACCUCAAGUGAUUGGCCUGCCAAUCAUCCACGACAUGUACGCCCCGCACGAAUGGCCACGAUACAUCAACAUUUGGGGAACAACGUUCCUGGUCGGACCCUUCCUCUUCCCUGCCAUAGCCGGAUAUAUUUUGGAGGGCACUGGCUCCUGGCGUGACUCCUUCAAAGUCCUGACAGGUUUCUAUGGACUCUCUACGCUGAUGAUCCUAGCAUUCGGCUACGAGACGUACUACAACAGAUCGACAGGCUUCCAGCAAACCAACCGGAUCAAGUCGCUUUUAGGAAUCGGAAAUACCAAUCUUCCAAAAGCAAAGACACUCUCAGAGUCGAGUAUCAACAUAAUCAAGCUCACCUUCACGCUACCCCUCCUCCUCAUUGGUCUCUCCACAAUGAUCAACUUCACAUGGCCCAUCGGAAUCACCACGACAAUUGACACCUUUGUCCGAGCGCCCCCUUACCUGUUCGACAAUGUUGAAGAUGCUUCCAUCCGUUUCGCGGGUGUCAUCGGCGCCAUUCUGGGCUUCUGCUUUGGUUACUUCUUCAACGAAUGGAUCUACAACGGAUCUGGUGGAAAGCGAAAGGCCCACUGGCGCAGUGAAUACAGACUGCAUGGCGUGUGGUUCCCUAUCGGCAGCAUGGUGUGUGGCCUGCUGACGUACGGCCUCACACUCAACUAUGGAAAAAGCUGGGUCGGACUUGCCUUUGGCUGGAUCAUGGUGAACAUCGGCUUGGUCGGCUCCAUGGUUGCCAUCACUGCCUUUGCCCUCGACAAGUAUCCCACCCACGCUGCUGUGGUAUCGGCCAUUAUCAACAUGUGGCGCACAUGUGGUGGAUUCUCCGUCGGCUAUUUCCAGCCGAGUUGGAUUACAAAGGACGGUUUGGCUGCGGUCUUUGCGACACAGGCUGCUGUCGUUGCUGUCUGCGCUGUGCUCUUCAUCGGACCAGCCAUUUGGCUUGGAAGGCGUGCUGCAAGCCGCAAAACUGCGGCUGAUGUCACCGGUGAGGCAUGA